CGAGAACCAAGUAUUUUUUUUCAAGAGUCGCUUAUUUAAAACUCCGAAGCGCGUCUUCCCAAAACGCGCGUAAAGCUAACUGCCGUGUUCCUCCAUCUCUAGAAAGAAAAAUGCCCGUAGAUACCGAGCUUUAUGAUCUUUUAGGUGUUCCUCCGUCGGCCAGUGAAGAUGAUAUCAAAAAGGCCUAUCGGAAGAAGGCUAAGGAGCAUCACCCCGACAAGAAUCCCAAUGAUCCUCAAGCUGCUCAGAAAUUUCAGGAGAUGGCUGCCGCGUCCGUUCCAUCUCUUGUUUCCCCAAACUCACCUGACGGUCACGCCUACCUUUUAGCUAUGAGAUCCUCGGUGAUCCAGAGAGCAGAGCACUAUACGACGAAAAUGGUAUGGCUGGACUAGGCCCAGGUUCAGGGGGACCAGGUGGCAUGAGUGAUGCUGCAGAUCUCUUUGCUCAAUUCUUCGGUGGUGGCGCAACUUUCUUCGACUUGGGUGGAGGGGGGUCUGGAGGGGGGCCCGCCGACACAAGGGCCAAG